AUGACAACAAAUUCCAAUGAUGGUGCUGGUGGUGAAAAUGGAAAUGGAAAUGGAAAUGGACUUGAAGGAAUUCGAGGAAUAUUGAUUUCAGGUGGAGAAGAAGGAUCUUUUAUAAUGGAAGGUGGUGGAAAUAGAUCAGAUGGUGGCAGUGGUGGUAGUGAUGGUACUGGUGAUGAACAUGAACGUGGCGGUGGCGGGGGUAGAGAACAUGGCGGAGGCGGCGGUGGAGAACAUGGCGGCGGUGGUGCUGGUGCACACACCCGAGGAGGUGGAAUAUUUGGUGCCGCCGGUGACCCAGGACAAAUUCUGUGUCCACAAUGUUCCGUUUCUACAGGUGGAAGAACGGUUGGUGGUGUCAUCACCGCAACUUCUUGA